AUGGUGGAGGGUGGUGUUUGGAGGCAUUACUGGCAUAUGUUGUGGAGUGCUUCUGCUUCUGCUCCCCCAAAAGUUAAGUUAUUCAUGUGGAAGUUGCUUAAGGGAAUCUUGCCAACUAAAUGCAAUCUAGUACAAAAGAAGGUUUCUCUCCCUGAUGUGAAGUGCACGUUCUGCAUGGCUGCAUGUGAAUCAGGUACACAUUUAUUUAAAGAUUGCCCAGCCUUACUUUGCUUUUGGUUGUAUGGGCCUUUGCAAUUAAACCUCAUUGAGCACCCAGCCAAGACUCUCUCUUCAUGGAUGUUGGAUAUGCUGGACAACUUGUCCGUAGAUCAGCAUGAUUUUUUCUUUGUGGGUCUGUGGGCUGUCUGGUUCGAAAGAAAUAAGAUGGUUUGGAAGAAUGAUGCCUUCCAACCGAUGAUGCUGAUUGAGUGGGCUGUGAGUCACCUUGCUGAGUUCCAAAAGUACCAUCCAAAGGCUGUGGGGAAGAAGAAGAGGGCACCCAUGAAAUGGCAGUGUCCUCCUAGUGGGAGAUUGAAGAUAAAUGUGGACAGAGCGUUUAGAGCAGAUGUGGGAUGUGGAGGCAUUGGUGUAGUAGUCAGGGAUGAUGUUGGCAUGGGUAUUGCUGCUUUGGCUAGGCCUUUUCUACAUGCACACACAUUCCUCAAUAUGGAAGUUGAGGCGUGUAGAGCUGGUUUACUUCUUGGUAUUCACCAGGGUUGGUCUGAAAUUGAGAUUGAAAGCGACUCUGCCAUUUUAGUUGCUGCACUUAAUAUCGGAGAGAAGAAUUUCUCGGAGGUUAGUCGGAUUCUAGAUGAUUGUAAGGAUUAUAUGUCUUCUUUUCAAUCUGUUAGGAUUCGUCAUAUCUAUUGUGAAGCUAAUGGUGUUGCAGAUAAGCUUGCUCACCUAGCUAGUUUGUUUUAUAUUGAUGAUGUGUGGUUAGAGGAGACUCCUGCUAUUAUUUAG